GGGCCACCACCUUCAAUGACUUUCAUGUCCUGUAGGAGUUCUCAGGCAGUGUCAAUGGAAGGAGGGUGUCAAGAAAGAGGCCUGGUUUAAGUCCAAAAAUGAUCAUCACAACAUGGAUUGUAUAUAUCCUCACACGGAAAGGUGCAGGGCUCCCCUUUCCACCAAAGACCAGUUCGGAUAUUGAAGUUGUGGAAAGCGAGGCAGUAUCUGUAGUACAACAUUGGUUGAAAAAAACAGAAGAGGAGGCUUCCCAGGGAAUAAAGGAGAAGAUGUCCACCAACUCAGCCCCUGUCCAUGGCCAAGAUGUGCAUGUCACCAGAGACGUGGUGAAGCACCAUCUCUCAAAGUCUGAUCUGUCAGCCAAUCACAGUCAAGAGGUCCUGGAGGAGAGAACGCGAAUUCAGUUCAUUCGGUGGAGCCACACCCGAAUCUUCCAAGUGCCCAGUGAGUUGACGAAUGAUGUCAUGCAGGAACGGAUUGAACAGGUGAGACGCAGCAUCUCCCAUCUCACCUGCGACUCGACUCAGGACCCCAGUUUCAGAUCUUCCUAUUCGGAAUGCUAAGAUCAACAAGGGUCAAGUCCUGCAGGGUCAAGAGCAGCCUGUGUCAGACGACCAUCCAUCUCCUGCUUGACCCGACGAAGGACUGAUGGGAUGUGGGAGGUUCCAGCGGGCGAGCCCCUCAUUGUGACAGCGGCAACACUGGAAUCUCCUCUCUGAACUGCUAAUAAAGAGACGUGCUAUUUAACCA